UUUUCCUCUCUCUCUCCGUCUUCUCAUUACACCAUGUUUGCUACUCGCGUCUUUUCUAGAUCUAUGUCUACCUUGACACGCGUCCAGACUGCCAAAGCACCUCCUGCCAUUGGUCCAUACGUUCAAGCUAUCAAAGUCAACGGCAUGGUAUAUACUUCAGGCUCCCUUCCAGCCGUUCCUGAAACAGGUGAGAUUGUUCAAGGUGGCAUUGUUGAACAAACUCACCAAUGUUUGACUAAUAUGUCUGAAGUAUUAAAAGAAGCUGGAACUGGAUUAAACAAAGUUGUGAAAACGACAGUGUUUUUAAAGGAUAUGAACGAUUUUGUUGCUAUGAAUGAAGUUUAUUCAAAGUAUUUUGAUCAACAUCAACCUGCUCGUAGCUGUGUCCAAGUUGCUCGUCUUCCCAAGGAUGUUGCUGUUGAAAUUGAAUGUGUAGCUUCCAAUUAGAACUUAGUUUAGAUGUAUUUCCUUUGAAUAGUACUAUUCUUUGUAUGCAUUUUAUGGAUUUUUUUUUUACCUAAUAAAACUUCGGAUGGUUUCGGAAGUAGUUUGGAUUUACUUU